AUGUUGACUCACCACCAUCUCUUGUACAUGAGAAGUUCCUCCUUCCACCUGGCAAACCUUCAAGAUAUUGUGAUCAGUCACCUGACCACAGAGAGGGCUUUCUUGCUGCGCAGAAGGCUGUCAAGGUCGCGAGUUCCUCACGGAGACAGAGAGCGCUUCUUUGAGAAAUGGCUGGAGCUGACGAAGAUGUUUGGGCCCGAUGUCGUGCUAGACGACCUCACUGAGGAGCAGAUGGCCAAAUACGGUGUCGCCCUGCAGAAGCGCAAGAAGCAAAUCCAUGACAAACUCUACAACGGGGUGUAUGCGGCGCGCCGCGACAGACCGAAGGCCCUGACGCUAGCAUCACUCCUUCUGGCCGCACCACUUCCAGCGAAACGCGCACCCCAGCCCGUAGAAGCCUAUUCAAAGCUCUACUACAAAACCAAGGUGAAACCAUCGCUCACCAGUGAAACGAAGAGCACAGACGGUUUGAAAGGCCAAAACAUCAAUCUCCUGCGUUGCGAACUCGCGUCAGCCCUCAAGCUGGAGUCGCCGGAGGUUCUAGCCGAGGUCCAAAGCUACAUUGAAGAACAGAAGGCAAUCAUUGAAGCAACCAAGAAGGCGGUGCCGGCGCCAGUGCCUUCGCUGGCCAAUUGCAUGCCGGAGGAAUACCACGGCGCAAUCAAAAAGAUGCCGCAGGUGCUGGUAGUGUUCCUCAAGAUUUUUGCGGCUGCAACAGGCAUGUGUGUCAGCGUGUACGGUGGAGGACCCUCGCCGGAGGAGGGUGGGGCGCUGCAGACGUUCGACUUUCAUGUCGGUACAACUCCUGCCGGCCAUGACUUCGCUGCUUGUUUCCCAGGCCUCGAGAAGGUCCUCAUGGUGCCCUUUGGGAAGUUCCUUGCAGCGAAGUAUUCACUAUCUGGCUCGCGAAAUGCUGUGUUGCCUGCCGACUGCGUGGAGAUGACGGCCACAGCCCCUCUCACUGAGAUUGAGUCUGCUAGUGAAGUUGUACCACCCCCUGCUGAAGUCGCAUCUCCUGCCGCCAAUGCUCCGGUGCUUCCCGUCGACAUCGUCUCUCCUGUCGCCGACAUCACGGCGCCUGCCGCUGACGCUGUUCCUCCUGCUGUUGAUGUUGCGGCGGCCAUGGCUUCACCAAUGUCCGCACUCCCGGAGCUGGACGUGUCUGCGCUCGCGCUGUUCUCAGGUGAUGCAAGUGGUGAUGUCAAUCUCGCAUUUGAUCCAUCAACCACGAGGGCCGAGAACUGGGGCAAGGGCUUCAUGCCCAUCGCUCCUCUUCUUCCGUCAAUGUCAAUACCCGCAAUGGACUCAAACACUUUGGUCGACGACAACAACAUUUUUUCGGCCGAGAAUAUUGUGCUUUAUCUGCACGCACCACCCAUCGAGAACAACGUGUUCCAGGAGUUCAACCCAUGCCCUCCUGGGCAUUCACUACCCACGAGUGUGGACCUCAUGGAUGCGCCACCCGUCCCCUUUGUGUUCCCACCAGACCCACCCUUGACAUAUAACGGCUCGGUGCCUGCAGAUGCCUUGAUGCCCGGGCUCACGCCGUUGGCCGUGACCGCUUUGGUUGCCUCCCUACCUGCAGCAACAAUGUCUACCUCGGCGGCUGCUAUGUCUACUUCGGCGGCAACUUCGUCUACUACAUCUACCCCGGCGGCAGCUAUGUCUACCUCAUCUAUGACAUUGCCUGAGGUGACGUCAACGUCGGCACCUAUCUCUACAACUAUCUCGGCGACCGCGACGUCUGCCGUGCCCAACGAACUGCCUUCGCCCCCAUGCCCUCCUAGCCCAUCGACAAAUGCGAUGGAAGACAUUGCUCGUGGUGGACGGCCACGCAGGGAACGGACAGUUCCCAAGCCCGCGGACGCUGACUGGCAGCCAUCCAGUGGAUGA